AUGCCAUUUGGGAUUGCCACUGCUCCCGAAGAAUACCAGAGGCGACAACAUGAGGUGCUUGAAGGUUUCCCUGGCAUCCACGUAAUCGCAGACGACAUCCUGAUCACAGGUCAAGGGGAGACACAAGAGGAAGCGCUUCGAGAUCAUGAUAGAAAUCUCGUAGCAUUGCUGCAGAGAGCAAGGGAAGUGAACUUAAAACUGAAUCCCAAGAAGCUGAAGCUUAGAUUAAAUGAAGUUCCCUAUAUUGGCCACCUGCUUACCCCCGAUGGUGUAAAGCCUGAUCCUGAAAAGGUGCGUGCGGUGCAAGACAUGCCACGACCUGAUGGACGUAACAGGGCAGAGAAGGUGAAGGCUCAUGUGCAAAGAUUCCUAGGCUUUGUCAAUUACCUCGCCAAAUUCGUGCCACAUCUCGCAGACGAGAGUGAACAUCUAAGACGACUAACCGACAAAGAUGCUGAAUGGGUUUGGGAAAAGCACCAUCAAGAUGCCUUCGAUCGUAUCAAGAAACUGGUUGCAAACCAUCCAGUUCUAUGCUAUUAUGAUAUUAGCAAGCCAGUGUCAAUUCAGUGUGACAGCAGUGAGACUGGUCUUGGAGCUGCUCUGCUUCAAGAUGGACAACCUGUGGCAUUUGCGUCCAGGACAUUAACGCCAACAGAAAGAGGUUACGCCCAGAUAGAAAAGGAGUGUUUAGCAAUAGUCUUUUUGUGUGAUAGAUUUAAUCAAUACAUCUAUGGAAGAAAGUCAGUGGAUGUACAGAGCGACCACAAGCCCCUAGAAGCCAUUUUUGGGAAGCCCUUGACAGCAGCUCCAAAGCGUCUUCAAGGCAUGUUACUCCGUCUUCAGAAGUAUAAUCUUAAAGUUCGCUAUAAAAAAGGAACUGAGAUGUUUAUUGCUGACACGCUUUCUAGGGCUCCUUUACCCGAUGUCG